CAAAGUUGGGGGAAAACGCCUCCGCCAUUUACCAUCCCCUUCUUUAAUGGCCUCCACGUCGUUUUCGCUGCGAUAGGAACUGGAACGCGCUGCUCUGCGGUGCUCCCCUUUUUAGGCUAUAAAAGUGGCGCCGCGCCUGCGCCUGCGCCUUUCCCCUUCGUCUGUGAUUAGAAGAAGAAGAAGAAGGUGGAGCAGUUACUUCCCAAAACCAUCCUUUCCCCCACUCUCUCUCUUGUCUGUCUUUAUCUCUUUGUUCAAUUUCAUUCCAAGUUUUUGUUUGUAAAAUUAAACUAGGGGAAUCGGAGGAUCGAGUCGAAUAUUAAGCAAAUAAUAAUGCUGGAGACAGUGAAAUACCUGAUCGGCUCCGCCGGCACGAGCGGCUUCGGCUCCAAGUCCACCGGCGAGGAGGUCACCGCCGCCGCCGCCUCUCGCCUCCGCUCGAUCACGGCGAUCGUUACCGGGGCGACGUCGGGGAUUGGGGCGGAGACGGCUCGAGUGCUGGCGAUGCGGGGGGCGAGGCUGGUGCUGCCGGCUAGGAAUCUGAAGGCGGCGGAGGAGACGAAGACGCGGAUUGCAACUGAGUUUCCCGGCGCUGAGAUCGUCGUGCUCCCGCUCGAUCUCAGCUCCUUCGCCUCUGUACGAUGCUUUGUCUCUCGCUUCCUCGCUCUGCGCCUCCCUCUCAAUCUUCUCGUAAACAACGCCGGCAAGUUCUCCCACGACUACGCCGUCUCCGAGGACGGCGUCGAGAUGACCUUCGCCACCAACUAUUUAGGCCAUUUCUUGCUCACCAAGUUGCUGCUGAAUAAGAUGGCGGAAACGGCGAGGGAGACGGGGAUCCAAGGCCGCAUCGUCAACGUCACCUCCGCCAUCCACACCUGGUUCUCCGGCGACUCCCUCCAUUAUCUCGAUCUCAUCACCGGCCAGAAAGUCCCGUACGAUGGCACGCGCGUCUACGCACUGUCCAAGCUCGCAAACGUCCUGCACGCGAUGGAGUUGACUCUGCGACUCCAGCAAAUGGAAGCGAAUGUGACGGCCAACUGCGUCCACCCCGGCAUCGUACGCACCGGGCUCACACGCGACCGGGAAGGACUCGUCACAGGCGGCAGCGACGACCUGCUACGUGGCGGCGCACCCCGGGCUGGAGGGCGUAUCGGGGAAGUACUACGCGGACUGCAACGAGGCCUCGCCGUCGACGUCGGCGUGCAGCCGGGAAGAGGCCACGCGGAUGUGGCUCGCGUCGGAGGUCAUGACGGCUCGGUUCCGGCUGGAGGCGUUGCCUCCUUCGGAGGAAGCGGAGAUGUGACCUGUCGGAGGAGGAACGAUAGAGGGUUAAUAUGACCUGCAAAAGAGAAGGAUAGUGAAGUACAGUACAAAGUAGCCGCUCCGUGUAAAUGUGAUGUGAGAGGACGGGAUAAGGACGUUACCAGUGCAGCAGCAGUAGUAAGGUUGGUGAAUUAAUCGCAUGGUUAAUUCAUGUCAUAGAAUCAACAAGCGACCGUACUGCGAUGCCUUUUUUGAUAUAUUUAGUUAAUACUUCGUCUACUUUGUUAAUCUAGCUAAUAGAAAAAUGUGGAAACUUGGAUCUGUUCUAAUCCAGGAGAUGAUAUAUCGUAUAGGAUUCUAUCUUGAUAUUUUUGUUUA